UUUUUUUCUCUGCACUUUUCAGUUCUCUCACUUCCACUUCCACCAAGCAAAGCCUCUCCGGUGAAAUCAAUAAUCACUGCGUCGAAUCUAUGCUUCUUCAUUUCUCAUAAUCCUCCUACUUAUGGCCUUCACUUCCACUCUCUCUCUCUACUCUCACCCUCAAGUUCGUCGCUGCCGCCACCGCCGACUGCAAUCGCUGCCGCUGACUGCAGCCGGUUUGGGCAAGCUCACACUGCUUCCGAUUUGGAGAACGCGUGCAGCCUCCAGAGCGCGGUUUGGAUGCUUCGUCGUUAAGGCCUCUUCCAGCGUGGAAGGAACUCCGGCUCGUUCCACCGGUUCUCGCAGGGUCUACCGCCGGUCUCAGGCCACCGCGGCGCCAAUUGCCCCUCUGAAACGAGUUGCUGACUUUGUUGCUCCAUUUGGAUUGAUUUUCGCCAUCUCUUUUGUUGUUUGGAAAGUAGUGGAGAAGAUUCUUUACCCAACUCCAAAGCGAUUGGAAUCAUCACCUGUCGAAGGCCAAUCUGCUUCACAAGGAGUGAAAUGGUCUAUUGCUGCUGGCACCAAUUUGUUAUCCCAGCUAGGUGCAAAGAUUGAAAGGCAAUCUAAGCAGAAGCUGAAUGAGUUUGCUCGAGAACUGAGGUCAUUUCCAAGUAUUGAUAUGUCAGGACGGAACUUCGGCGAUGAAGGGUUAUUCUUUCUUGCUGAGAGCUUGGCAUACAACCAGAUUGUGGAGGAAGUGAGUUUUGCAGCAAAUGGAAUAACUGCAGCUGGGUUGAAAGCUUUUGAUGGUGUUCUUCAAUCAAACAUUGCAUUGAAGAUUCUUGAUCUUUCAGGAAACCCUGUUGGAGAUGAAGGAGUUAAGUGCUUAUGUGACAUACUGGUGGAUAACUCUGGCAUUGAGAAGCUCCAGCUAAACAGUACUGACUUGGGUGAUGAGGGGGCAAAAGCUAUCGCAGAAAUGUUGAAGAAGAAUUCUAGUUUGCGGGUUAUCGAACUUAACAACAAUAUGAUUGAAUAUUCUGGAUUUUCAAGUUUGGCUGGAGCACUUCUUGAAAAUAACAGCUUACGCAAUAUCCAUCUCAAUGGCAAUUAUGGUGGCGCUUUGGGGGCUAAUGCAUUGGCUAAAGCACUUGAGGGCAACAAGUCUUUAAGGGAGCUUCAUCUGCAUGGAAAUUCUAUUGGUGAUGAAGGAGUCCGUUCUUUGAUGACAGGAUUAUCUAUCUAUAAAGGGAAACUUGCAAUUCUGGACAUUGGAAACAACUCAAUAACAGCUAAAGGUGCGGUCCAUGUUGCUGAGUAUAUCAGGAAGAGCAAGAGCAUUCUAUGGUUGAACCUUUACAUGAAUGACAUUGGUGAUGAGGGAGCGGAAAAAAUUGCAGAUGCUUUGAAGGAAAACCGUUCCAUAACGACAAUAGAUCUGGGUGGAAACAACAUUCACGCUGUUGGAGUGACUUCUAUUGCUAAAGUUUUGAAAGAUAAUUCAGUUAUUACCACUUUAGAACUUAGUUAUAAUCCCAUUGGGGCAGAUGGAGCCAAUGCUUUGGCUGAGGUUCUGAAGUUUCAUGGAAACGUAAAAACACUUAAGCUUGGUUGGUGCCAGAUAGGAGCAAAGGGAGCAGAAUCCAUUGCAGAUGCUUUAAAAUAUAAUACUACAAUUGAAACUCUGGACCUGCGAGCAAAUGGACUAAGAGAUGAUGGUGCACUCUGCCUGGCUCGCAGCUUGAAAGUGGUUAAUGAAGCUUUAACCUCUCUAGACUUGGGAUUUAAUGAAAUAAGGGAUGAUGGCGCUUUUGCUAUUGCUCAAGCUCUGAAGUCAAAUGAGGAUGUUAAUGUUACAUCCAUAAACAUUGCGAAUAACUUCCUUACAAAAUUUGGGCAGAGUGCUUUAUCUGAUGCAAAGGAUCAUGUCUAUGAGAUGGCGGAAAAGGAAAUCAACAUUUUCUACUAGAAUAGACUAUACUCUGCAAUAAAUGUUAUAUACCAGAGAAUUUUCUUUUUUUCGAGGGUUAUUUUACAAAUUUUCUGUUGGAACUGGUAAGAGCUCCAUUACAUCAAUUUUUUUAGCUCUAGCCAUUCAUUGAGGGAAAGUAUAGAAAUUUGUAUCAGUAUAGCCUUAAUUUUUUAGAUCGUGAACGGAUUCCAACAUUUGCCCCACUGAAGUUAAUGUAGUGAUUUUUUAUUUUUUUAUUUUUACUUCA